AACUACCUAGUACCUACAACAGCAGCAGCGUCUCUCUAUCACAGAUUUACAGAAAUAAUCGGUACCUCGUGCAACGAGGCGGAUUGCUCCUCUUAUCUCGACCAGCUAGUUCCGGAGAGACAUAUACCGCCGGAUCGACUGUCUUUCCAUACCGGAUUAAGUUUCAGGCGAAACUGCGAAAGUCUUAUUUGGACGGAGGGAGUAAUUUCCAUAUCAUGGCUGUAGCUUUUAUUUUGGCUAAAUACUCUCUCCCCAUUUAAGUAUGAAGUUGGAGUUCUUGUGAGAUGAGAUGUCAGGGAGUGGAUGCCCAUUGGCAUCUGCUAUGUUGAAAGAGAUUGUAGUUUGGCUUGGGAUGUGGUUUACUUGAGUUAGCAUAUGUUGGUGUUUAUUACCUUGAUUUAUCAGAGGUUGUUGGGAUUUAGUUUUGAAAUGGUGGGGAUUAAAAGUGUUGUAAGGACUCAUUCAUGUGGUCUUGGGUGUGUGGUUGUGGUGGACAGGGAGGACUGGAGGAGGCAGCAGCUGGUGUGGUGUGGUGGUAUUUUUGCAGGUUGUUUGUGGUUAAUUAACUGUAAGAGUUUUGAAUAUGAGACCAGAAAGUCGAAGCAGAAGCAGAAGCCGGAGCAGAAGCAGAAGCCCAAUGGAUCGCAAGAUCCGUACCCAACGGUAUUCCUACCGUGAUGCACCAUAUAAGAGGGAUGGACGUCGGGGUUUCAGCCAGAACGGUCUGUGCAAGAAUUGUAAAAGGCCUGGUCAUUUUGCUAGAGAGUGUCCUAAUGUGGCAAUAUGUCAUAAUUGUGGCCUUCCCGGGCACAUUGCAUCUGAGUGCACUACAAAAUCUCUAUGUUGGAACUGUCGAGAACCGGGCCACAUGGCUGGGAAUUGUCCAAAUGAAGGAAUCUGCCACACUUGUGGGAAGGCAGGACAUCGUGCCAAAGACUGCACAGCUCCCCCUCUGCUGCCUGGUGACCUGAGGCUUUGCAACAAUUGCUUCAAGCAAGGUCAUAUAGCAGCUGACUGCACUAAUGACAAGGCAUGCAAAAACUGUAGGAAGACUGGUCACCUGGCACGUGACUGUCAGAAUGAUCCUGUCUGCAAUUCGUGUAACAUAUCUGGGCAUGUUGCUAGAGAUUGCCCAAAAGCUGGCAUCGUUGAAGAGAGGGGUCCUGGCCAUCGUGCUGCUGGAUAUCGGGAUGCUGGAUUUCGGGAUAUUAUGUGUAGGAACUGCUCCCAGUAUGGCCAUAUGAGUCAGGAUUGCAUGACCAUGAUGAUCUGUCACAAUUGCGGGGGAAGAGGACAUUAUGCAUAUGAAUGUCCAUCGGGAAGGUUUAUGGACCGUUUUCCCAGGAGGUACUGAUGGAUAAUACAUCGCUAUAUUCAUGGCGGUGAUUAACACCUCUUGUACUCUCUCUGGAUGAGAUUUAGUCAUGUUGUUUCAAGACCAACUCUUGGUUGAAUUUUCCUAGUCAUUGAGUUAUGUGCACUUCUAUAACAACUGUGAUUUAAGAGACUAGAACAGGCCCAUGUUUUCAACAGUUGCAAGUGAUUGUUUGGUGAUCAUGUUAGUUUAUGAAGUUUGUUUGUUUUUUUCUACA